AUGUACUCACCUCUCGAGAAAUCCUCGAGAAUAUCACAUUUCCAGCGUCGACGCAUAACUUAUUUGCUCCUUGUGGCCAUAUGCGCUUUCCUCUUAGUGGUGUUAGCUAGCUCAAAACAUGACUUGACUUCACGAUUCCGGAUGAAUGGGACUGGAGGGAUGAAGGGUGGUGGUAUGCCUAAGAGGCGGAAUGUCGUCGUUGCGAGCGAGUUCUCGCAGCAUUUCGACGUCCAUCUUGCAACUGCGCAUACAAUUCGUCAAGUAUUGGGGGAUCGAGGAAGUUUGCAAGUAUUUGCGCGUACACCGCUGCGCCACGGGUUUCAGGACGUUGUUGAUGCUCUUGACUUGUAUGACCAACCUAUACGGGAUCCGGAUGACUUCAUAAGGGCAAUGAAUGCGACGUCUGAAGAUGGGAAUGGACUUGGCGACGGAAUGAUUGAUUUAGUGCUUUUCGGGACUUGCGAAGUAGAUAUGCCCCGGUGGUCAGACGAGUUGCUUGCAAUUUGGGACGCUCGACCAGCAGACCAGAAAUUCAAAGUCGUCUGUACUGUGCAUCAUUUUCGAGAUACAAGAUGGCAGAAACACAUCACACCCUGGGCGGCGAGAGGCGCCAUUCGGCUUCUUCCUAUUGGAUACCAUGUUGGCCGUGCCUUCCGAACGUACUUCCAAGAGUUAGCCGAUAGUCCCGAGCCGGAUAUCUACAGCGCGCUGUACGAGUAUAUUGAUAUCGACGUACAUGCGCCUGUAUUGGAUUUACCUGAGUAUGGACAACGGAGAGAAUCUACGAAGCUUUCGCGUGCCGUAAUUCAGGGGAAUUUCCAGAUCGAUAGGAGGGAUUAUCCGCAUAUCUUUGCAGAUUUGCUUGAGGUGUUGAAACAUGAUUCACAGACUUGGGGGUACCGGCCCUUAGGAUACGAUAGGGAUGUGUAUGAGCCGCUGUUUGAUUCUCCCAAUGAACCGUUCGAACUCCAUUUACUUGGAGAUGGACAACUGGAUAUUCCGAAAGCGUUGUCGAAUAUCGUUUUUAUACAUAAUGGAUUGGAUUAUGUGGACUUCUAUGCGUUGAUGCAGAGUAUGGACGUGGUUGUCCCGGCGUUUGUGAAUAAGGAUUAUUAUGACUACCAAGCGAGCUCGACCGUAGCAAUGGCUGUCCAAUGUAACGUCCCGAUAUUGGCUUCACGACGCAUGCGAAACGCGUAUGGAUACAUCGACGACGACCGAGUUACUAUCGUCCGCCCACAGGCUCUGCGUGAGGUACACGCACUAGGUGCACUACGAGGAGUAAAAUGGAAGCUCUCGCAAAGCAACGCAGUCGUAAGCACGCAGACAGACGGGUACAAAAAAUACGAGGACGACGUACAAGAGAUGAUUGAAGGUGGUUGGCGAAGAUCGUCCAGUGGGUUCGAAAGGUUUAAGGAGGAGCUAUGGGAGAAGAAUCGGGAAGCUGUUUGGAGGGUGCUUAAUGAUCUUCCCGGAGAGAUUUAG